CGUUCUCCAUCGUUAUCCAUAUGUUCCAGCGAAGUUUGCCCCUAUUCGCUCAUUGAUAGCGUAACAAUUGCGUAUCUCACGACAAGAUAGAACCGGCCCUUAUAAAAGCUUUUAAAGGUCACUAAGCCACUCGCUCUCGUCCGAGAGCUACUAAUAGAUCGGCGACUCAGAAAGAAGCUAUUUUACCCCGCCGCCGUAAUAGGUGGAUAGUCAGGUAGUAUUAGUGGAGAUCUAAGUAUUGACCUUCUCCGUUGAGCCUAUUUCUAUCUUCUAGAUAUACUUAGGUGUUACUAUAUAUCCGACUUGUUUAGCUUCUCGUAUCUAUUUCUUCUAUUUAAUUACUUACAUAUCCAGAUGAUAAACUAGCGAGUCUGUUCAACAGGGAGAUCAGCCAGAUUUCUUUACUAAGGUAGAAUAGACGAACGGAUCCCCGGAGCAGGAAAUCGGAAGAACACAGAUCAUGGCGGACGGAGAGAGUAAUGGAGUUCCCGCUCAGCCAGAGCUUGUCAAUGGCGUGGCUCACGAGGAACCCGUCGUGGCUACCGAAAAUGGCAAACCGACGACAGCAAGAGAGUUAGCAUCCAGGCUACAUCAUCUCUCGAUAUCAGCGCAGACGAUUCACGCCGACGACUUCCUCAACUCCCACCAAGCCGUUGCCCCGCCUAUGCACGUCUCGACCACAUUCCGGUAUAGCAGGAACCCGGACGAGCUCAAGCGAUGGGUUAAUAUCAACCCCGUCAACCAAUACGACUCGCACGUGUACUCGCGCGACAGCGCGCCGAACUCGACGCGCUUCGAAGCGAUCCUGACGUCGAUCCUCAAGGGCCCGUCGCUGAGCUACAGCUCCGGGCUCUCGGCCUUCCACGCGAUGCUCGUGUUCCUGAACCCGAAGCGCGUGGCCAUCGGCGAGGGGUACCACGGGUGCCACGGCGUGAUCGCGCUGCUGUCGAAGCUCACAGGCCUACAGACGGUCCCGCUCUCGGCCGACUUCGAGACGGAGCUGCGGCCCGGCGACGUCGUACACGUCGAGACGCCGCUGAACCCGACGGGCGAGGCGCGGGAUUUACGGAGUUUCGCGGAAAGAGCAAGGAAGGCCGGGUGCUGGCUCAGCGUGGACGCGACGUUCGCGCCGCCGCCGCUGAUGGAUCCGUUCGAUCUGGGCGCCGACAUCGUCAUGCACAGCGGCACGAAGUACUUCGGCGGCCACAGCGACAUGCUCGCCGGCGUGCUGGCCGUGCACCCUAAACACGAGGACUGCGUCGAGAAGCUGAGGGCCGAGAGGCUCGUGCUCGGGUCCGUGAUGGGCAGCUUCGAGGGCUGGCUCGGCGUGCGCAGUCUGCGGACCCUGGAGAUCCGCGUGCGCAAGCAGAGCCGCGACGCGGAGGAGCUGGUAAGGUGGCUCGCGGACCAGGCGGCAGAGGGCGGGGAGGCGAAUGAUUUGGUCCUCGAGGUCCGGCACGCGAGCUUGCAGAAAGAGGACCUGGAGCAAGGGUGGUUGAAGAAGCAGAUGCCGAAUGGGUUCGGCCCGGUAUUCGCGGUCUACAUGCGCGACGAGGACGACGCGCGUAGGCUGCCGAGUAAGCUGGAAUUGUUCCAUCACGCGACUAGCCUUGGUGGCGUGGAGAGCUUGAUCGAGUGGCGCGCUAUGACGGAUGCUACGGUCGAUACGAGACUGCUUCGCUUCAGCAUCGGUAUCGAGGGGUUUGAGGACUUGAGGGAUGACCUGGCUAAGGGGUUCGCGGCGCUGAGGAGGGAGAAGAAGAAGAAGAGUGAGGGGACGGGGAGUGCUAAUAUACUGGGUGGGGUAUGAUGACGAUAGAUGGUUGAAGUGGAGUGAGCUGAGGUUUAUGGUACAUAUGAUGAACAUGAAGUUUGGGUAUUAGACAUAUAUGUAUGCGGUUUAAUUAGAGGAUAGAGUGCUGUUGUUUGAUAUAGAUACCUGAGCAUUUGACAUGAAUGAAAUUGUUUAGAAUUGCAAAGUAACGAUCUAUGUAGUUCAUAUGUG